AUGCCGACCAGACACUUUCAGAGGGAUCUGAAUGAAGCCACCACCCUUGGCCAAUUUCCGCACAUCACUCGCGUCAGGGCUGGCGAAGGCGACGGAUCAAUCUCAUUCACUUACACCGACACUGGAGCUGGCGAUACAUUUCAUUUUGAAGCCAUCGUUCCUGAUCCCCAUGAUUACCCCUCAACCCACACUUUCUUUGUCUACUCCACUUCCGACAAUGUCCCUUCCGAAAUCACCAGGGCCGUCGAUGAAAUCGUCCCUCGGUUUGAAGGCUCAUCGAUCAAUGAUGUGCUGUCGACCUUGGACUGCGUCGUCUCCGACGUGAUCCAGGGCUGCACCCCUCAGUCUUCCGAAGAUGUGGACGACAUUGCCAUGUCUAGUGGUCAGGAGUUCGGUGACGACAUUGAACUCUCCGAUUGGACAGAUGAUGAGGAUAGCUUCUUCGCGUCGACCGAAAACCCUGACAAGGUGCUCGAGAAAGUCCGCCGUGACUUGCGGGCUGCGAAGCUCGCGGGAUUCAAGGUGGGAUAUCAUGGCAAUCCAGCGGGCUUGAUCAUCGUGUCAUUGGCCAUGCGUAUCGCCAAAAUGGGAAUCUCGGAAGAAGCCAUGAGCGCAUGGAAUGUGCGCCCGGCCGAAUAUUUGGUCCUCUUGAUCCGCUACAGCCGAUACCAGACCAUGGAAGACCUUUACGUGAGCGGCGAUUCAAAGAUUCAGAUGCGAGUUGGACUGUGCGAUUCCUACAAGCCCUCCUUUGCCAGCACCACUAAAGCCUUCCAGGAGAAUUUCACCCCUCGUGACCAAAGCCGACAGUCAAAGGUGGAAGACCAGGACCCGGGGCCGACCCUUCGAGGAUUGUUCAUCGGGACAGCCCUGGAUAAGCUGCUUAAUGAGCAAUAUCUUCAUAUCGUGAGGCUCCGAUUGAAACAUGGCUUUUCAUGGACCGGCGCAGAGACAUUCUUUCAUGCUGGUCAAGGGAAAUUUAUCGGCCCUGAUGACGCCAGCUCGCCAGAAUUUGCCCUGCAGGAUACCUGGAUCACGCCUGCUCCGGGUUUCAUGCAAACAGAUCCUGUGGCCGACAUGAAUCUGACUCCGUCCGAUAUCUCAUUCCCUCUUCUAACCAAGCUGUUUCUGCUACGUCACUUCGUCAAGUGCACCGAGUUCUGUCUCGUCUGUCACUGCAAAACCAACGAUAGCUUCGAAGCGCUGAAGCCCUACGUGUGCUCGAACGGACUUUGCCUGUUUCAAUAUAUGACCCUGGGCAUUGGACCUAGUCUGGAAUACGAGAUUCGCACACAGCCGUAUGUCGUUGAUAUGCUAGUCAGCUUGGCCUACGCAAGAGCCAAGUCUGGCCGUCUAACAGACUUCCCGAUUGGACUCGGCCUCCAUGUUCCGAAUAUGGCGCUACUCGACGCUGAAUCUACUGAUCCGUAUGGUCCCCAUAAUGUUGUGACUUUGAGCACUCCUCAUGACGACUGGAAGCCUUCAACAUCCUAUGAGGCUAAGUUAUCUGGGGCCACAAUGGAACUCUCGCACAAAUUUGUCCCCAAAGUCAAGGUUGGCACCUGGAUAGUCAUCCUCCACCCGGAGACACCUGUGGCAGCAAAAGAAAAGACACAAGCUCCCUGGCAUUGCCGGGUGCAGCGGGUUGGGGAGACCUCUGGACACAUCACUCUAUCCCCUCCUCUCGUUCGCGGCGUGCAGCUGUCAGAAAAGGAGGUCCUCAACAGAUAUCCGGUCUCGGCACCGAUACGCUAUGUCAUUUACGACACGAACUUUGAUGUACUCUCGGAAGAUAGAAGACGGAGGACUAUAAUCAUGCUCCUUGCGACCCUUCCCAAUGUCGAUUCGAUGUUAGCUUUCCUGGGCGACCACGAAUCUGGCAAGCUGCUUUCUUCAUGGCAUGAAAUGAUCACCCCGGCUGCAUUGGAUCUGCUGCGAUGGAUCGUCGCCUCCAAUCGUUCGUGCAUCUUGCAAGAUGGUAGGCAUGCAGAUCACCUGGUAUCCGCAAUGGACGGAUAUCUUCAAUUCCGGCUGGUUCAAGGAGCGCCCGACAAAGAGCAACGCUUCAUGGAGGCUGUCAAUCGGCAUGCCCUGCGCACAAAACCUGCAUGGCCCACAAUUUUUGCCUGGCAUGGGAGUCCAGUGCAUAAUUGGCAUAGCAUUCUCCGAGAAGGUCUGCACUUCAAGGCAAUUGCAAAUGGGCGAUCCUUUGGAGACGGGGUGUAUCUGUCGAGUCACCACGGGACAUCGUUCCACUACGGAGGUUACAACGCAGGUGGCAGCUGGUCUCAAAGCAAGCUGAAAAUCCAGUCCAUGAUAUCCUUGAAUGAGAUUGUCAACAAUCCAGCGGAAUUUGUGUCAACCAAUCCGCAUUACGUGGUCAAUCAGCUUGACUGGAUUCAGCCUCGAUACCUCUUCGUGCAAGUGGGAGACACGUCCACCUUGCUCGAGACCUCUAGGGGAACUGUGCCAUCUGCAGUUUAUGAACAGGAUCCCGCACAUCAAGUCUACGGUCCAGAAAACAAAGUUGUGCAGAUACCCAUCUCCGCUUUCAGCAGCAAGCGCCGACAGGGGUUGACGGCCUCGCCGCGCAAACCAAAACCGACCAGGAAGAAGAAAAGAAAUUCCAAGGGCUCUCCAAUUCCAAUGGAAUUCGACCAGUUUGAUGAUACAGCGAGCAUUUGCACUGACAUUGAAGAUCUCACGAUCCUUCUGUCUGACACUGAGAAAGAGCCGGAUCAAGUUUCUUCGAAGAAGAAGAAAGUCGACACUGUCCCCAAGACCGACUUCAUUCCUGGCACUUUGAGAGAGGCAUCUUUGCCUCUAAUGUCACCACCCGCUUACGCGACUACCCCGGCUACUUCCCUUCUCCAACGGAAUCUCCGGGCAACCCUGAAGAUCCAGGAAAACGAGCCACUUCAUGAGCUGGGUUGGUACGUGGAUCCAUCUCUGAUUAAAACGGUCUACCAGUGGAUCGUGGAACUGCACACCUUCGAUCCAAGCAUUCCCCUCACCCAGGAUCUCAAGGCUGCCAAUCUCACCAGUGUUAUUCUCGAGCUUCGUUUCCCACCGCAAUUUCCGAUGGAUCCUCCAUUUGUCCGCGUUAUCCGCCCUCGGUUCCUCGAAUUUGCUGCAGGUGGUGGCGGCCACGUCACGGCUGGAGGAGCUAUCUGCAUGGAACUGCUCACCAACUCGGGUUGGUCGGCAGUGACUACGAUGGAAAGUCUUUUGCUGCAGGUGCGCCUCGCGAUCAGCACCAAGGAUCAUCCGGCACGAUUGGCACCACAUGGUCGUAAUUAUGAUUACUCUGUUGGGGAGGCUGUUGCGGCUUAUACUCGAGCUUGCAGGACGCAUGGAUGGGCGAUACCGAAGGAUAUGCAAGCACUUUCGUGGUGA